AUGUCUUCGCCAGCAACAACGCCUUCUCCGAAGGACCCAAACUCUGAGAGGAACUUCAGAUUUCUUCAAAGUGGUACACCAUGCGAGUGGGCCGAGUCUUAUCGUCCAGGAGGGUUUCAUCCGGUCCACUUUGGCGACGUCUUCAAAGGCCGUUACGAGAUUCUUCGUAAGCUUGGGAACGGUUCCUGUGGCACGGUUUGGCUGGCAUUCGAUUCGUCCCGUGACCGCUACGUUGCUCUGAAGAUCGAAGUAGCCAAGCGAAAGGAUCCAACUGAAGUAAAGAUAUAUCGCAUUCUGGCCAAUAAGGUAUCAAAUGACCAAAGCUCGAGGUUUGUCGUGGGUCUUUUGGACUACUUCUAUCACGACGGUCCCAACGGUAAUCACCUUUGCCUCGUACUUGAACCUAUGGGUCCCAGCCUGUCUUCGGUCCUUAACGCCCCGGUCGAGAUAUAUGAUCCCCGAAACCCUCCUGUACGACGCUUUAAGAGUGAUAAAACAAAACGCAUUUUGCGGCAUGUGCUUUCUGGCCUCAACUUCCUUCACAGCAUUGGAAUUGUGCACGGCGACCUUCAAUCAGGCAACAUCCUGUUCGCUUUACAAGAUUUUCAUCUUUUGGAUCGUCAAGUGCUCAAGCAAGAUGAAAAUGACGCCUCAAAGAUAGACAUGUUGCGGCGUAUUGAUGGCAAGCUCGACAGGUGGGCGCCGAAAUAUCUGGCCGUAUCGGAUCCCCUGUCAGAUUUCAUGCUUGAGGGGCAAUGCCAAGUGACAAAGCUAUCAGAUCUAGCUUUUUGCAUUGAUGAUCCGCCGCUGUCUGUUCGGACUCCAGUCUCCCUUCGAGCACCAGAAGCGAUCCUUAACGAAGCUAUCGGGACAGGCAUUGACAUCUGGAGUUUUGGUUGUAUCGUCUACGAGCUUGUCACAGGCGCCGCACUGUUUCAACUUCCUCCUUUCGGCCUUAGCGAUAGCGAGAAGAAAGACGAACAUUUGAUACAGCUGACCGACAUCAUUGGACCUCUCCCACAGACUCUUGUGGUGAAAUGGCCCAAUGCAGCAAAAUACUAUGGUUCUAGCGGAGAAAGACUCGACACUGUCCCAACGGAUAUCAUAGAUGGGUUCACUGAAGAAAGCAGUUCUGAUUGUCGUUCGAUAGAUGGUAGCUCUGAUGGAGUCGAAGAUGUGGAUGGGUCGGGACUCGAGUUAGGUGAGCGCGUUCCGCCACAAGUCCACAAAUCUCUCGAAAAGCUAGUAAAGGUCCAUAAGGCAUCCAAUAUUAGCGAUGAGGAGGAAGAGCAGAUCGUGUCAUUUCUGAGGGCCAUUUUCCGUUACGAUCCUUUGCAACGCCCAUCCGCAGGGACAUUGCUUGAUUUCUCUUGGUUGAAUACUUGA